AUGCAGCGUCUUCCGUCUUCAAAUAAUACACGACCCUAUCUCGAGUCCCUCAGCCACCACAGCCACCACCGGCCUCGUCCUGGCUCUUGGGCUCACACCCUUGUCGCCGCCAGUGCGGCCUUCGACGCCAGACAUCUCGGACACGGCCUUGGCGCCUUUGAGGACGCUCUUAUUGCGCAAGCGAGUGCUGUAGAGCACGAAAUUGAGCGAUAUGAGGCCCACCUAAAACAGAAGCUAGACUCUGCUCUCCAUGGACCCGUCGAGGAGUGUGACCGCUCGAUUGCGAUAUACCCCAAACUGGACCUCACGUCACUCGACAUUUGGGACGGCAUACCGUAUGAGGAGGGCUCUCUCCAGAAAUUGAUCAUCGCCGAGUCGGCCAUACUCAACUCGGACGGCAAUCCUGACAGCAUGAGCGCGUCAUCUACACCGGCAUCCUUCAGUGUGCCAUGCGGCACAACAACUCCCACGUGGCCGUUGGACGAUGCCGACUUUAUGUAUCGCCUCCGGAAGGCGGCCCUCCUCCUGCACGCAAGCAGAACUGGACCGAACAAGGACUUCACCCCUGAAGCGAACCCGCGGGAAUCGCAGCCUCUUCUCGAAGCUGGAGACGAGGGCCAGGAGUUGAACGAUCUGGUCACUGCAGUGCCAGUUGUGGUGGAUGUGCUCAAUAAUAUUUGUGACAUUCCAGACGUUUUCGCUACGCGGCUGUUGUUCGAGUACAGCAAACCAGGCGACACCGGGUUGUUCCGAUGGGAUGAGUUCGCCCCUCCUCCUGGCCAUCGGCAAUCCUGGCUGGACCAGCUGAUGCGGAUCGACUUGCGUGAAAAAGCAAGGCUGGGCUUGGCGCAGACGCUCAUUUAUUCUCUGUCCUCGCACGCGGCCUUUGGAGCUCAAUUUGGUGUCUUCGUCUGCUGCACUCGUUUCGUACGAGUAUUCACCUGCCAAGACACAAUCCUUCUCGACCUCUUGCUUCCCGAGGGAGAAAUGGGCGUCUCCGACCUCCUCAAACGUUUGGAUCUUGCCGAUCGACUGCCCCACGACUUCCUCCUUCCCGAAGCGAUGCCGAACGCCUGGCGUCGCUUGAACGCGGAUUCCAUUCAAGUGUAUCUCAACGUUUUUGCGGCGUCAUUCGCGCUCAACGACCAGAUCACAUCUGAAUGCCUACGAAGGCCAAGCCCCCUCAGCCCCUCCCGCCUAUCGGCUCUGUUGAACACGAUAACCAAGUUGAAUGAUGGCUUGGAACCUCAUGCGGAUCUUGUGGCUGCAGCUCGUUCUAAACGCCGUGGUAACCUCCCUCCACAUGACGCCUCUCCAUCCGGCGCUGGUUCGGGAGACGAAGCCUUAGGUCCACACGACGCCUUAAUGGCCGACUUUGGUCUGGACGAAGACUUACCUCUUGGCGCCGAGGCAAGCACAUACUCUCUGUGGAAUUCCGCUCGCCACCGCCGCGACUUUGAAAUUCUGCUUCGGGCACUCAACGCGAACAACCCUCGGAUCGUUAUCAUUUCGCCUGCUCGCAUGGACGAGUUCCUGCGCGAGGCAGGCAACGACAUGUUCUCCGAGGCAACGGACACGUCAGUCACGGCGCCAGUGUGCGACUCCCUCCACACCACACCAGUGCGCUCGCCCUCAACCUCGACUUGUGGCUCGUCUCCCGUGCUGCAACCACCAGAGCGACCCACAGCCGGUCGCGCAAGCGACCGCCGCGCCAGCUCCAAGCACAUGGAGGACAGCACUUUCACCCAGACAAGCCUGGACAGCGUUGUACUGAAUGCCUAG